AUGAAUCUGAUCCCAUCAGAUUUUGAAUCUCCCCGUCGCCCUUCACUCGUGCGCGACCGUCCUUUUCGGCCUCCGCUACCAAACGGGCCACGCUUGCGUUCACCCACAAAAAAUUCGGUCGAUAUGAGCAGUCCCCUCGGAAGCUCUAGUACCGACAAAGGCUCUCCUGUCGUUACCUCCGGGUUGGCAUCACCUGUCUUCACCUCUCCCUUCCUCCGUCCAGGCUCUCCUCCAGGCCUGCUGGAUGAGAGCCAAUCAUUUCCCCUGGAUUCCUCGCUCCCGCAAUUCAGCGCUUCUUUACACACACGCGCGACAUCAGACAUUGGUGUUCAAGUUUCGCAGAAUUUCUCCUCGCACCCUCCAUCUCCCUCGUUGUCGCCUGCAGCGACACCUCCAGCUCAAAAGCCAAAAGUAAAUCUCAAGUCACAGCCAUCGGUAACGACAUUCCUUGCUCCUCCUCCUCUUGCGCCCCCGCCUACAGUGUCAUUUGAAUCCAUACAGAUUCCAUGGAAGGGCCUUCCCUAUGAGGCCGCUCAAUGGACAUUCACCUCAUCCGAACUGCAGGAGAUAGUCUCACGCGCUAUCAGGUUGAGCGCAAAAGAGUCUUUCAUACGCCUCCUAUCUCUCCAAGCGCUCGAUACAGACAUGGUAAAAGAAGCAGAACGUCUCGAAGAGGAGCGCCUAGCAAUGCAGGUCAAAUGGAGAUUCGAAAUGAACAGACGAACCAUGCAGAUGCAGGCGCUCAACUCCUGUGCGACUGUGUUUGCCAACUCGGGAGAAGGUGAUAAAGAGAAUGUAUUGGGAGGCUUGAUAUCUCAAGUUGCAACUUCUAUCGCUUCGUGCGAUUCUAUUCUUGCGUCCAUUCUGCAAAUAUCAGACCAACAGGCGCAAAUUUCGGUGGUUCAGCACCGACAUUGGGCGUCAGCUCUUGGGAUCGCAGUUCGCAAGCUAAACAAAGCAUUCGAGCGUCAGGGAGAAGAGAUGAAACGCGCCGUAAUACGUAUCCAGACCCUCGAGGAUGAGCUCGAUGAAGCCUGGAGAGAAGCGGAGGGCAUGGCUGCCGAGAUUGAUGAGAUGGAACAGAGCGACGAGGAGGAAGUUGAUAUCGAUGACAACCAAACACUAGGAGACGUUACCAUCAACACCGAUAUCGCACAAGUCAUGGGUGUCACCGCUAAAGCUGUUUUAUCCAAAGCCACUCUCAUCUCCCAAGUGAAGCAUGUGCCAUCCGACGCCAAGUCCAUCAAGUCUUCGAAAUCCGUAAAAUCCUCCCGCAGCAAACGAUCCAAAGAUGGCCCCAACCGGCUUUCACGUCUAUCUGCAGCAAAGACACGUUCACGCACCGCAUCCAAUGCCAGUCUCCGUUUACCCAAGGGGUUGCGCACCCCGACAGCAGCUUAUAUGCCACAGGAUGAGCCGCCGCCCAUGCCUGCACUUCCAGACGCCUUACAAGGAUGCUCGUUCCUUGAUAUGGACACCAGCGGCGCAGAGUAUUCACGCCCGCUGAGAAAACAACUACCUAACCGCGCUCCAGAGCCAACAGUCUGCCUUCCUGAACCUCCCCAUACAGCAGGUCUUCCUCGAACUUCCAUUCCCUCGAUUUGGAUAGACGCCGACUCAGGCCCCGGUUUGCGACCGAACGGCCUCGAUCGUUCACACUCCAUGCAGAUCUCCUCCUCUUUUCGUCAGGGCCGGAGAAGCGAACUCGUGAUGAGCAUGUCACGGUCCGAUGCCGGACACUCACCUGUGGAGAAGGUUGAACCUGUUCUGGGCAGCACGGGUGCUGUAGCUGUAGUGGAUAAACCACCUCCUGUGGACACACCUGUACCUGUACCUGUUAUCGAUCGGCCACUAUCAGCCGUAGAUAGGUUAGUAUCUGGUGCGAUGGAUCGCCCGCGCCCGAGUAUAGACAGGAGGAGUUCUGGCUCUCACAAGUUGAUGCCACUGCUUGAAAGGUCGACAGGAAUCCCUGCGACUCUUAUCUCCGGUGGGAGGUAUUACUCUCGGGGAUUACCCAACUACCGCUCAACGGAAACCAUCUCCGAGGGCAGGACCCCGCCGCGUGUAGGAACGCCAAAUAAUGGUUAUGCCGGGGCAUAA